GGGCAACAGACUCAUUUCGACUCAUCGCAUCCUGAUCCUUCCCCCACUUCUCUGACUCAGUUGUGGGAUUUAUUUCGUCAGUCACAUCGAGAUCGAGCGACGACUUGGAGUAUCGGUUGUCCAUUUAUACCCAGCGGUCGCAGUCGGCUGGAAUCAUACCCCGCUUCAUCGAUCACACAAUCAUUAACGACUUUCCUUUUCGCGAUACCCCUUCGUUGUUUCUUCAAGUCGAUUCAAAAUGGACGGCCCUGCUUCUUCCCUCCCUUACACCUGCAACACCUGCCUCGUUGCCUUUCGUGGCAGCGAUGCGCAGCGGGACCACAUGCGCACAGAUUGGCACUUGUAUAACAUGAAGCGUCGAAUUGCGUCUCUCCCCCCAGUGUCCCAGGAGACCUUCAACGAAAAGGUCCUUGCCGCCAAGGCCACCACCACUGCCGCGGCCGCCAAGGCCUCGUUCGAAACCACCUGCGUCGCCUGCCAGAAGACCUUUUACAGCGAGAACUCCUACCAGAACCAUAUCAAGAGCUCCAAGCACAAGGCCCGCGAGGCCCGCAUGAACCGGGACAAUGCCGACGACUCAUCCUCCGUCAUGAGCUCGACCUUCUCCCUCGGAGAGCCGAUCAACAAGCAUCGCGUCGGCGAGUCCGAGGUCGCCAAGGUUACCGAAACCCUCAAGGACACCACCAUCAAGGAGGAAAAUGAAGACGAGGAGAUGUCGGACGACUCGUUCUCCGCAUCCAACUGCCUCUUCUGUCUUCAGAAGGCCGCCGAUGUGCAAGAAAACACCGAACACAUGUUCAAGGCCCACGGCAUGUUCAUCCCCGAGAAGGACUAUCUCACCGACCUGGAAGGUCUCCUCCGCUACCUACACCGCAAGAUCAACGAAAACAGCGAAUGUCUCUACUGCCAUAUGAUCCGGAACACCCCUGAAGGUAUCCGUACCCACAUGCGCGACAAGGGCCACUGCAUGAUUGCGUUCGAGUCGGAGGAUGAGCAGAUCGAAAUCGGCCAAUACUACGACUUCCGCAGCACUUACUCGGAUGAUGAGUGGGAGUCCACCGGUAGCGAGGCGCACGAGGAAGGUGGUGUCAAGGUUGACGGCGAGGAUGAGGGAUGGGAGACGGAUGCUUCAUCGAUGGAUGAGGACGAGGAUGAGCUUGACAACCGCAAGAGUCAGCCCGUUGUCUACGCCACGGAGUAUGAGCUGCAUCUCCCCUCUGGCCGGAGUGUCGGUCACCGCUCUCUGGCCAAGUACUACCGCCAGAACCUGCACAACUACCCCACGGCUGAGGAGCGUGCGGAGCGUCAACUUGCCAUCGAGAACGGCGAGAUCGAGGAGGAGGAGGCGAAGCCUCGCGGCCGCAACCUCAACCGCGCCCUUGUCACCCGUGCCAAUGGCGGUACGGGCAUGAUCGGCACGACGGACUCCCAGAAGAGAGACGUGAUGAUCAGCGAACGUAAGGAGCGCCAGAGAGCCAUCCGACAAGAGAACCGCUACACGGCACGGAUCAACCGGGCUGCCAACCACCAGAAACAUUUCAGAGAUCCUCUCCUGCAAUGAUCUCAUACAUUUCGUCUUGCAUGGUAUGUUGAUGAGUCUAUGAAUAUUCAGGUAUCUCUUUUUGUGUCUGCAUUGCCGUGUCUGUUGGCAUCUGUUUUGGAGUUGUGGUUGGGUACAUACUUGUUAUGACAAAAGUGUUUUCAGAAUAGAGUAGAUCAUACGCUCUAUCAAUCUGAUAGAAUUGAAUAUCUUAGUAGAGUGGAUAGAGCCAGACCAGCCUCGAGACGCACCAGCACUCAAUGCAUCUCAUUGGCAAUAGCGUCAAAUGGUAUAAACCACACUCGCUAACAGAUAUCGCCAUAAACAUAUCGCCAACUCGAA